CAUGGGUCUCUCACUAGUUAUUUUCUGUACCUUAAUUAGUGCAUAAUCCAAAUGUUUCAGUUGAUAUAGGCUAAUCUAUUUUUUUUUUUAAGAAUAGUCAAAAUUUUCCUGUUUUAUGAAUUCAUAUUUUAGUAUUUGUUGUAAUCAGUACUGAAGAUGGAAGAGGAUAAUGACUUCCAUAGCAGAUUUUGGGACAGGAAUGAAUUUUUGAGUUUUGGGCCUCUUCCGUGCCGUUUCCCUGAGUAUGAUUACGACAUAGAACACGAGGCUGGUGAGAUUCUGCUUCCUCCGUCCCCAAAUUGGUUCCUAUGCAAUGCCGUGGAUUCCCGUUCAGAAGAUGGGCUCUUGGUCACAGCUUCUUUCAAAUCGAUUGUUAUCUACAAAGUUACGCAGGAAAAAGCUUUGCCAAAAGUAAUUAAAUUGAUCCCUCAUGGCAGUGAAAAGGUGUUGUUAGUAAAAUUGCAUCCCAAUCCAUUGGAGGCAAAGUAUGGACACACUUUAGCUGUUGUUGGUGAUACUUACACUGUCACACUGUAUAACAUGCACAGUGGGGAAGUAAUUUCUCAGCAUAAAGAACAUGAGAAACCUGUGAAUGGCAUUGCCUGGGGCAGUGUAGGAGGAGAAGAAGUUGUUGUAACUGUUGGAUCUGGAGGGAGGAUGGUUGUAUGGCAAGCCAGAGAUAGUGUCACUCGAAUUCAUUCUUUUCCAUACAUGAAUGAGUUAUCUUUGGUGGAAGUCAACCCAAAGGACCCUUCCCAGGCUCUUGUGGCAGUGCUGAAAACUGUUCUAUUGGUCUCUCUGAAAGAUGGUAAGAUACUGACACAACUGAAGGGUCAUGAAUAUGAAAUCUACUGUGUGAAAUGGUACCUAGGCAGUGGGAGCCCCUUAGAACCAGACCUCGCAGAAAAUAACAGCAGAGCUGAAGCCUUGUGUGAUAGCAGGACAAAAGAGAAAGUUUCUUCAGAAGAUAGUCCAGACAGGGGUUCAGGAUCAAAGAACUGGAGAGAGAACACAGUGUCUUCAAAUGAAACGGGUCCAUUCUUUGCAUCAUCUGAUUAUGGUCGCAAUAUUCUUUUAUGGGACGUGUCAGCCAAACGCUAUAUAGUCAGAGCUAAUGUACCUCAUUCAGCAUCAGGCUUUAAAAAACAGAGCAAAGACAAAGUCCAUGGGAAGCAGCACAUCUCAUUAGGAUGGUAUGAUGGGAACCUCUACUCAUCCACAAUCAGAGGAGAGCUGCUCAGCUGGUCACUGUGGCCAGGUGGAGCAAAGUUCAAGUCACUACAUCAUCUUCACAACCGGGCAAUAUACAACCUUGUGCUUGUUGGUGACAUAGCUGUGACAAGUGGACAGGACCGAUUUCUGCAAGGAUUUCAUUUGAAGAAGUCAAGCCACAUGUUCCAAGUCCCUACUCUGGGUGCCUCUGCUACCACUCUCUCAUUCUGCCCACAAGAUGUGAACAGAUUGGCAAUUGGGAGUUUGGAUAAUAACAUUAGACUGCUGAACUUUGGGAGUCCAAUACCACUGCAGACUCAGACGAUUUUCCAUAACAUUAAUGGAAAAGUUCUGUCAUUCUCCUGGCACCCAGUGCAUGAAGGUCGGCUCCUGUUUGGCACUGCGACAGGGCAGGUGGGUUGGACUGAUGUAGCAUCAGGGCGAGUAACCACCUUUGCUUAUCACCAUCAGAAGUCAGUGUAUAAGGUUGAAUGGGGCCUACCAGUUUGUCCUGAGAAAACAGGAUCAUCUGAGGAUUGGUAUGCAUACUCGUUUGGUGACAGAGAGAUUGUGAUGCGAUCCUCAUCAGACCCCAUGGCAGAUCCUGUUUGCCUUCAAAAACUUGUGGCAGAGUCAGAGGUAAAUGCCUUGCCAAAAGAUGUGACAGAAUUUUCCUUCAGUCCUGACUACAAGUACCUUGCACUUGGUUCUCAGGAUGGGCAGGUGCGAGUGUAUCAAAGGGCUGACUUAACUUUGGUGGUGACUCUUGCUGUGGUGAGGAAGACUAUCCAGCACUUGCUGUGGCAUCCACCAAUGCAAAGCCAUUACUCUGAUAUCCUAGCUGUGGCAUCUAGCGAAAAGGAGAUAUAUAUAUUUGAUAUGGAGAAAUAUCUACAGGACGACAAAAUCGGCAGUGUUGUUACCCAGGCUACACGUGACCUUCAGGGACAUGAAUCUCGUGUUGUAUGGUUAGCUUGGUCUCCUCAUGAAGAAGGAAUUCUUGCUUCUGCAUCAUAUGAUCACACUGUUCAGUUGUGGGAUACCAAAACAGGGGAGCCCAAAGUGAACUAUGGUGGCCAUCUCAACCGUGUCUUCAGAGUGGAAUUCAGCCCUUCUGAUCCUGAUCUAAUGUACAGUUUUGCUGAUGAAAAUAGUGUGCAUGUGUGGCAUCCAUCAGAACAAACAGCGAAGACUCCAGCAGAGAGAAGUACAAAUUUGAGGGAUAUCCGAACCAAGAAACCAAAGGACAAGGAGACCGAGGCAGAAGAAGAGGCUCAGAGCAAAGCUGUUGAAUCAUCACUGUCUGCAGAGAAGAAGAAUGGGGGAGGCAGUGUCACAAGUGGGACAAAAUCCUCAAGUAUCAGUGCAGCAGCAAGUAAAAAAGGACAUUUUAAGUCAUUCUUCCCAAAGUUCCAUACUGUCUGCUCGAAGAAGAAGAGUUUCCACCACUUACUCUUAUUAAACUUGCUGAAUCAGACCAAAACUGCUGGAACUGGGAAUGGGCAUCUUGAAGAGGAGCAAGUGGAAGAUCUGGAGGAUUUGGAAGAGGAACUGGAGGAAGAGAAGAAUUCAGAAGAGUUGGAAAAGCAAGUGAGUUUGCCAGGCAUCAGAUCCUUGUGUGAAAAGUAUUCUUGCUUGCUGGAGAAAGAUACUGAGAUGCCUGAACCAGAAGACAUAGAAUAUGCCCUAAGUCUGUAUGGAAAUCCUGAACAGAUUGAUACACUCCUAGCAGCUGAAAUUGAUGCCCAUGAGAAGAAGGAGAAUGCAACCCAAGCUGGACUGAUCCACUGUUGGCAAGGCUCCUUGGCAGAUCACAUACGCCAGGCUGCCAAACAGAGGAAACUCAGCGAGUUUCUGGUGGCAUCUGCACCACAGGUCUCCAUGAAAUUAUGGCAGUUUGCUUGUGAAUCAUAUGCAGAACAGUUAAUCGAUGAAGGUGACAUCAUAACAGGUGCUUCAUAUCUUAUUAAUAUCCUCAAGGUUGAAGAAGCAAUCAACAUAUUACUCAAGCAUCAUUAUUAUCGAGAAGCUCUUGCAAUUGCAAAGAGUCGCUUGGGUUGCAAUGAAGAAGUAAUGAACAAAGUGGUGACAGCUUGGGCUGCUUCAUCCAUAUAUGAAGGAAGCUUUGAUGUUGCUGCAUUGCUGUAA